AUCAACCACCUAUACUGCUGCUGUUGCAUCAAGCUACACGGCGCAAGGUUCUGCCCCCUCAAUUUGGAUACGCUGCUCCACACAGCCUAGCUAUGAUAUGCAGCCACCACCACAGGCCACGUAUGGCCAGGGUGCUUAUGGGUAGCCUCCGCAUGCUCAGAAGCCGCCUUCAUCUGCUCCGUAUGGACAGGCACCACCUACUCAGGCUGGUUAUGGGCAGUAUGGAUACAGUCAGCCAGGCUAUGGUGCACCACCGCCUUCCCUGGUGCACCCACUGCUAGCCAGCCAGGCUAUGGCCACUAGCAGUCAUAUUGUGAUCGUUAUGCUACUGGUACCUAUGGGCUGCCUACAACGUAUUCUACUGAAGUUACAACACCUGACGCGUCCCAGGACCAAUCCACCUCCGGACCUGCGCCUUACCACAACAACUGCCAUUCCUGCUCCUGUUAAUAGUCCCCCCCCCCAAAAAAAAACCCUCUUCGAAUUAGGUUUAAAUCGGCAUGUAAGUGAAGGCGUAUUUCUCCUUCACGCCUUAGACGUUGACCCCCCUCCCCCUGGUGUAGUACUGUUUAAUCAGGCAGACCCGUUCUGGCUCACAAUACCAUUUCUCUUUUUCUAAAAUCCAGGAAAUCAUCAUCUUUCGAAAGAUUCAAGGACGUUCGAGGAGUGACCAAAACCAUUGAAGACUUUGCUGAGCGAGGCAAGCAACCUACUUUGAUCAUGUUGAACCCAUAUUUGCAUUACACUUACAAUUAUUUUUCAUGCAUAAAGUAUUGUUUACUAGUAUUGCUAUGUUUAGUAAAUUAGCUAGGGUUUAACUACCCUAUGUCCUUGAUAUUAACACCCCUUUGACAUUCUUAUGCUAAGUAAAUUAGCUAGGGUUUAGCUAUGCUCUAUAUGCUUGGUAUUGACACCCUCCUUUGACAUUCUUAAUACCCCUCCUUUCUAACCAUGUAGUGGUCAAAUAAACGUGGGUUGUAUGUGCAAGUUUAAUAGUAAUGCUUAGCCAUGCUAGUCGCAUAAAUCAUAGGACUUGGGAAGAAUCUUUAUUACUCAUAAAUGUUUUACAAAAACCCAAGGGUGUCACUAAUGCCCAUGGGAUGAUUCUGAAAAUAAGGUUUUACAAAAUGGAGAUGAAGUGGAGAUUUAGUUAGGUGAUUGUGAUCUUGACGAGUAUAGUCAAAGAUGUCAGUGGAUUAUGAAAAUUUAUGUAUAGUAAAUGAGCAUGGUGGUUAUUAUAUUGGCGGAUAAAUGGAUCUUUAAUAAACUUGAAGCAAUUUGGAUUUAGUUAGGCGAUUAUGAUCUUGAACCAAAUUUCAUGGUGGAUUACGAGAUUUUGAUGCAUUUAUUUAGUUCAUUGUGAUCUUGAGGAGAUAGUCAAAGAUGUUUGGUGGAUUAAUUAACCUUGGACAAUUUGGAUUUAGUUAGGUGAUUGUGAUAUUGAACCGUAUUUCAUGAUGGAUUAUGAGAUUUUAGGUGGAUUUAGUUACGUGAUUUAAUCUUGAGAAGAAAGUCUAAAAUGUUUGGUUGAUUAUGAGAGUUUAGGUAUGUAGAUGAGCAUGGUGAUUAUUAUAUUGGUGGAUAAAUAGAUUUUAAUUUUGUUUGGAACAUUUUGUAUUUAGUUAAGUGAUUGUGAUCUUAAGCCAAAUUUCACUGUGGAUUAUCAGGUGUUGCUUGGAUUUAGUUAGGUGGUGUGAUCUUGAUGAGCUAGUAAAAGAUGUUUUGGUGGAUUAUGUGAAUUUAGGUCUAGUAGGUGAGUAUGGUGUUAAUUAUAUCGGUUAAGUAAGUAAAUUUUAAUAAACUAGAGAAAAUUUGGAUUUAGUUAGGCGAUUGUGAUCUUGAACCAAAUUUCAUGGUGGAUUACGAGAUUUUAGAUAGAUUUAGUCAGUUGAUUGUGAUCUUGAGGAGAUACUCAAAGAUAUUUGAUGGAUUAAUUAACCUUGAACAGUUUGAAUUUAGUUAGGCUACUUCGAUAUUGAGCCGAAUUUCACGAUGAUUUAUGUGAUUUUAGGUGGAUUUAGUUAAGUUAUUAUGCUCUUGAGAAUAUGGUCAAAGAUGUUCAGUGGAUGUUAAGAUUUUAGGUCUAGUACGUGAGCAUGGUGACUAUUAUAUUAGUGGAUAAACAGACCUUUAAUUUAGUUUGAAACAAUUUGAAUUUAGUUAGAUGAUUGUGAUAUUUUAAGCAAAUUCACGGUGGAUUUUGAUGUUUGGGUUAGAUUUAGUUAGGUGAUUGUGAUCCUCGCGAGAUAAUCAAAGAUGUUCGAUGGAUUAUGUGAGAAUUUAUGUCUAGUAAGUGAGCAUGGUGGUUAUUAUAUUGGUGGAUAAAUGGAUUUUUAGUAAAUUUCGAGUAAUUUGGAUUAGUUAGGCGAUUGUGAUUUUGAAUCAAAUUUCAUGGUGAAUUACGAGAUUUUAAAUUAAUUUAAUUAGUUGAUUGAGAUCUUGAGGAGAUAGUCCAAGAUGUUCGGUUGAUUAAUUAAUCUUUUAUUGACACAGUACAGACGCGAGUGCUCAUAUAAACGCGCAUACACUUACCCUUAUGAACGCACACACGCACACCCUAUCCUUAUGAGCACCUUUGAGAGACUGAGUUGGCAUAUCAUCUUGAGAUUUUACAAAGUUACCGUAGGCGUCUCGUAGUCGACAGGAACAAUUUGGAUUUAGUUCGAUGAUUGAACCAAAUUUCUCGGUGAUUUAUUUGAUUUUAGAUGGAUUUAUUUAGGUGAUUGUGCCUUGAGAAGAUAGUCAAUGUUCGUUGGAUUAUGAGAUUUUAGUUAUGGAAAUGAGCAUGAUAUUUAUUACAUUGGUAGAUAAACAUAUAUUUGAGUUAGUUUGGAUCAAUUUGGAUUUAGGUAUGUGAUUAUGAUCUUUUAACCAAAAUUUUACGGUGGAUUAUGAGGUUUUUGUUAGAUUUAGUUAGGUGAUUGAGAUCUUGACGAGCUAGUAAAAUAUGUUCGGUAGAUUAUGUGAAUUUAGGUCUAGUAGGUGAGCAUGUUGGUUAUUAUAUUGGUGGAUAAAUGGAUUUUUAGCAAACUUGGAAAAGAUUGGCUUUAGUUAGGCGAUUGUGAUCUUGAACCAAAUUUUAUGGUGAAUUAUGAGAUUUUUUAUGGAUUAGUUAGUUGAUUGUGAUCUUGAGGAGAUAGUCAAAGAUAUUCUAUGAAUUAUUUAAUCAUAUACAGUUUGGAUUUAGUUAGGUGAUUGUUAUAUUGAGCUAAAUUUCUCUGUGAUUUAUGAGACUUUAGUUGGAUUUAGUUAGGUGAUUGUGUCUUGAUGAGAAGAUAAUCAAAGAUGUUUGGUGGAUUAUGAGAUUUUAGGUCUAAUAACUGAGCAUGGUGAUUAUUAUAUUGGUGGAUAAACAAAUAUUUAAUUUAGUUUGAAACAAUUUGGUUUAGUUCGGUGAUUGUGAUCUUUUAACCAAAUUUUAGGGCGGAUUAUAAGGUUUUGGUUGGAUUUAGUUAGGUGAUUUUGAUUUUGACAAGCUAGUAAAAGAUGUUAAGUGGAUUAUGUGAAUUUAGAUCUACUAGGUGAGCAUGUUGAUUAUUAUAUUGGUUGAUAGAGAUGAGAGCCCACAAGUGAGUCAAGGCAAUGAUGCCACUACUGAAAAUAAUUGGUAAACAAGGCAACAGAGAAGAGACCGGGGUAGUGGCAGCAGAUGGACUUUGAUCCAGCAUCCCACGUGCCUGUGCACUCUCCAUUCCCCGCUGAUCCGGCUUGCUGUCCUUGUCCUGUUUGCGGAUUUUGUGUCACGCACUUGAUUAAGCAUCCCACGUUCUCCUAAUGUGCGCCCUUGGCCUUGACGAUAGAUAGCGCCGUGUUCUCGGGCGUGUCCUGUGGGUAAAAUUCAGGUAUGCGUCGAUUGUCUGAGCUCUUGCUCGCCAUUGGUGGUGCUUGAGCGUGCGGUCAUGGUGUUGCCCAGCAAGGGAACACGGGAGUGGGAUCAAGACAGCACACAUAGCAACCCGUCACCAGGCAACGGACACCCGUCCACACUUAUAGGGAGUGAAGGUGGACACAAAGGUGGAUGUUGAGAUCCAUAGCAGUCUCAAAAGUGUGCUCAUUAGUAAGACCAACACGAGCAAGAAGAUCGUGGAUAUACUCCUCUUAGGAAAUAAAGAAGCCAUUAGAGGUAGAAGAAACCUCAAUCUCAAGGAAGUAGCAACUUCUUUAGUAAACAUGAAGCAAUUUGGAUUUAGUUAGGGCAUUGUGAUAUUGAACCAAAUUUCAUGUUGGAUUACGAGAUUUUAGAUGGGUGUAGUCAGUUGAUUGUGAUCUUGAGGAGAUAGUCAAAGAUAUUUGAUGGAUUAAUUAACCUUGACCAAUUUGAAUUUAGUUAGGCUAUUAUGAUAUUGAGCCAAAUUUCACGAUGAUUUAUGUGAUAUUAGGUGGAUUUAAAUAAGUUAUUAUGAUCUUGAGAAGAUAGUCAAAGAUGUUCGGUGGAUGUUAAGAUUUUAGGUCUAGUACGUGAGCAUGGUGACUAUUAUAUUAGUGGAUAAACAGACGUUUAAUUUAUAGAUGAUUGUGGUCUUUUAAUUUAGUUAGAUGGUUGUGAUCUUUUAAGCAAAUUCACGGUGGAUUUUGAUGUUUGGGUUAGAUUUAGUUAGGUGAUUAUGAUCCUCACGAGAUAGUCAAAGAUGUUUGAUGGAUUAUGUGAGAAUUUAUGUCUAGUAAGUGAGCAUGGUGUUUAUUAUAUUGGUGGAUAAAUAGAUUUUUAGUAAACUUGGAGCAAUUUGGAUUUAGUUAGGCGAUUGUGAUUUUGGACCAAAUUUAAUGGUGAAUUACGAGAUUUUAAAUGGAUUGAAUUAGUUGAUUGAGAUCUUGAGGAGAUAGUCCAAGAUGUUUGGUUGAUUAAUAAAUCUUUUUUAACACGGUACAUACGCAAGUGCUCAUAUAAGCGUGCAUACACUCACCCCUAUGAACGCACGCACGCACACUUCGAGAGACUGAGCCGACAUAUCAUCUCUAGAUUGUACGAAGUCACCAUAGGCGUCUCGUAGUCGACAGAAACAAUUUGGAUUUAGUUCGGUGAUUGAACCAAAUUUCUCGGUGAUUUAUUUCAUUUUAGGUGGAUUUAGUUAGGUGAUUGUGUCUUGAGAAGAUAGUCAAUGUUCAUUGGAUUAUGAGAUUUUAGUUAUGGAAAUGAGCACAGUGAUUAUUAUAUUGGUAGAUAUAUAGAUAUUUGAUUUAGUUUGGAUCAAUGUGGAUUUAGGUAGGUGAUUAUGAUCUUUUAACCAAAAGUUUACGAUGGAUUAUGAGGUUUUUGUUGGAUUUAGUUAGGUGAUUGGGAUCUUGACGAGCUAGUAAAAGUUGUUUGGUAGAUUAUGUGAAUUUAGGUCUAGUAGGUGAGCAUGUUGGUUAUUAUAUUGGUGGAUAAAUGGAUUUUUAGCAAACUUGGAAAAAAUUGGAUAUAGUUAGGCGAUUGUGAUCUUGAACCAAAUUUUAUGAUAGAUUAUGAGAUUUCUUAUGGAUUAGUUAGUUGAUUGUGAUCUUGAGGAGAUAGUCAAAGAUAUUCUGUGUAUUAAUUAAUCCUAUACAAUUUGGAUUUAGUUAGGUGAUUGUGAUAUUGAGCUAAAUUUCUCUGUGAUUUAUGAGAUUUUAGUUGGAUUUAGUUAGGUGAUUGUGUCUUAUGAAGAUAAUCAAAGAUGGUUGGUGGAUUAUGAGAUUUUAGGUCUAAUAACUGAGCAUGGUGAUUAUUAUAUUGGCGGAUAAACAAAUAUUUAAUUUAGUUUGAAACAAUUUGGAUUUAGUUUGGUGAUUGUGAUCUUUUAACCUAAUUUUACGGUGGAUUAUAAGGUGAUUGUGAUUUUGACAAGCUAGUAAAAGAUGCUCGGUGGAUUAUGUGAAUUUAGGUCUAGUAGGUGAGCAUGUUGAUUAUUAUAUUGGUUGAUAGAGAUGAGGGCCACACAAGUGAGUCAAGGCGAUGAUACCACCACUGAAAAUAACUGGUAAACAAGGCAACAGAGGAGAGACUGGGGGUAGUGGCAGCAGAUGGACUUUGAUCCAGCAUCCCACAUGCCUGUGCACUCUCCGUUCCCCGCUGAUCCGGCUUGGUGUCAUUGUCCUUUGCGGAUUUUGUGUCACGCACUUGAUUAAGCAUCCCACGUUCUCCUAAUGCGCGCCCUUGGCCUUGACGAUAGGUAGCGCCGUGUUCUCGGGCGUGUCCCGUGGGUAAAAUUCAGGUAUGCGUCGAUUGUCUGAGCUCUUGCUCCCAUUGGUGGUGCUUGAGCGUGCGGUCAUGGUGUCGCCCAGCAAGGGAACACGGGAUGUGGGAUCAAGACAGCACACAUAGCAACCCGUCACCAGGCAACGGACGCCCGUCCGGACUUACAGGGAGUGGAGGUGGACACAAAGGUGGAUGUUGAGCUUCAUAGCAGUCUCAAUAGUGUGCCCACCAGUAAGAGCAACAUGAGCAAGAAGAUCCUGGAUAUACUCCUCUUAGGAAAUAAAGAAGCCAUUAGGGGUAGAAGAAACCUCAAUCUCAAGGAAGUAGCGAUUUCUUUAGUAAAUAUGGAGCCAUUUGGAUUUAGUUAGUCGAUUGUGAUCUUGAACAAAUUUCAUGGUGAAUUACGAGAUUUUUCAAUGGAUUUAGUUGAUUGUGAUCUUGAGGAGAUGGUCAAAGAUGUUCGGUGUAUUAAUUAAUCUUGAACAAUAUGGAUUUAGUCAGGUGAUUGUGAUACUGGACCAAAUUUCUCUGUGAUUUAUGAGAUUUUAGUUGGAUUUAGUUAGGUGAUUGUGUCUUGAGAUGAUAAUAAAAAAUAUUUUAUGGAUCAUGAGAUUUUAGGUCUAGUAGAUGAGCAUGGUGGUUAUUAUAUUGGUGGAUAAACAAAUCUUUGAUUUAGUUUGGAACAAUUUUCAACCAAAUUCACGGUGGAUUUUGAGGUUUUGUUGGAUUUAGUUAGGUGACUGUGAUCUCAACGAGUUAAUCAAAGAUGUUUGGUGAAUCAUGUUAGUUUAGAUCUAGUAAGUGAGCAUGGUGGUUAUUAUAUUGAUGGAUAAAUGGGUCUUUAGUAAACAUGGAGCAAUUUGGAUGUAGUUAGGUGAUUUUGAUCUUGAACAAAUUUCACGGUGGAUUACGAGAUUUUCAAUAGAUUUAGUUAGUAGAUUGUGAUCUUCGGAAGAUGUCAAAGAUGUUCUGUGGAUUAAUUAAUGUUAAACAAUUUGGAUUUAGUUAGAUGAUUGCAAUAUUGAACCAAAUUUCUCUGUGGUUGAGAUUUUAGUUGGAUUUAGUUAGGUGAUUGUGUCUUGAGAUGAUAAUCAAAGAUGUUUGAUGGAUUAUGAGAUUUUAGGUCUAGUAGAUGAGCAUGGUGGUUACUAUAUUGGUGGAUGAACAGAUAUUUAAUUUAGUUUGGAACAAUUUGGAUUUCGUUAGGCGAUUGUGAUCUUGAACCAAAUUUUAUGGUGGAUUAUGAGAGUUUUGAUGGAUUAGUUAGUUGAUUGUGAUCUUGAGGAGAUAGUCAAAGAUGUUUGGUGUAUUAAUUAAUCUUGAACAAUUUGGAUUUAGUUAGGUGAUUGUGAUAUUGAACCAAAUUUCUCUGUGAUUUAUGAGAUUUUAGUUGGAUUUAGUUAGGAGAUUGUCUCUUAAGAAAGUAGUGAAACAUGUUUGGUGGAUUAUGAGAUUUAGGUCUAAUAGUUGAGCAUGAUGAUUAUUAUAUUGAUGGAUAAAUGAAUCUUUAAUAAAUUUGGAACAAUUUGGAUUUAGUUAGCGGACUGUGAUCUUUAACCAAAUUUUAUGGCCAUGCUCCGCCUCUUCCUCGAGGAGCUUGUGCAGUGCGGUGGUGCGGCGGCUCGUGCGGCGUGCGGUGGCCUCAGAAGAUGGGCGUUGACACCUGCAGCUUGUGCACAAUGAUGACUCCAUGUAUCUCCUGCGCCCCGCAACCCUCUCCUUCCCGGCAUAGGAGGAGCAGGAGCAAGGAUGCCGAGGUGGUUCAGUCGCAAGGAAGAGUAGGAAGAUCAGUCAGAGAGGGUUUCACAUACCCCUUCUACACUGACAAGUCUUUGCUUUUCAGGAUUGCCAUGGGAGCUUUGGAUGGCGGUCUUGAUAUUGCGCACAGUGACAAGAGAUUGCUGGCUUCAAGAAGGAUAAGAAGCAGCUGGGCGUCAAUAGCUGAUGAGGAAUCUAAGAAGUACCAAUCUCACUUCAGUGAGUACAUCAAGAAGAAUAUUGCGGCCGAUGACAUGGAAGCACUGUACAAGAAGGUUCACGCUACCAUUCGUGCUUAUCCUACCAUGGCAAAAUCAACGAAGGAACCUCCAAAGACGCACAAGAGUUAGAUAUAUCUUGCUUUUUAUUAAAGUCAAACAACUGAUAAUAAAGUUUAUCAAUAUGUAGUAAUGUGUAUAAAUGUUUUCUCAUACUCAUGUAGUCCGUUCAUUCCUAAACUAUAUGUUCUUCUUUUGUUAAAACCUUGAAAUAUUAAGAUGUUAGGGUAAAUAAAUUCCUUCAGAAUCAAUAAUAGAAAUGUUUUGCUAUGCAACAAGAUACAGUUGUAUGCAAAAAAUAAUCUUGUCUUAUAUAGAGUUAUAUAUCAAAACUAUGGAUUUUCUAUGCACUUCUUGUAAUCAUUAAUGUUCAUUGUCUUUGUUCGGAUUUUGUUGGGCACCUGCGGCAACGCGCUGUCAGACACGACAGACGCUGCCAGGUCUGCGUCGACAUCAUGCUCACGGAGCCUGGUCUCCGCGUUGUGUUCUCCAUCUUGCAGUGCAUGAUGAACUACACGCUAAAGUUCAGCUGAAGUUCCCCUGUUAUCUUCUACUACAAGAGUUCUGUCGAUUUGUACUACUUGGCUGCAAAUGUAUGCCGUUUGCAUCACCAUACGGAUAGUGGUUUGUUCUUCUGGCAUUAUUGAUGGUUCUCAUCAUAGCCAUACUGAAUGAUGGCAAGUGGCAUCUCUGAAUUUAUCAUAUGAAUUAUGACUUUAUGAGCUUGCUUGGCUACUGACCUGCUGUGUGGGAAGGGCAUCCUUUUACCAGAGCUAUAUUGAUUUUAAUAUGCUCCAUUUCCUUCAGGGUUUCUGAAUAUACUCGCAAGUCGCAACCAUGGCCUUACAGUGCUACACGCCUCUGCUGAAGCCCCAACUGGCCCAAGUCUCGGUCAACCCUUCCAUUAACACGAUACAGAUUCCAGAGUCAGUGCUCCGCCCCUCUGCUGAAGCCCUUACUGGCCCAAGUCUCGGCCAGCCCUUCUCUAAAUCGAUGCAGAUUGCAGAUUUGCCUUGCACCAAUAUGCUCCUUGCAUAAGCUAGUAAUCUCUGGCCAUAUUUCAUUUUUUAUCCUACUUGCAUCAUGCCUGAUGACUUUUUUUGUGCCACCAAUUUUAGUGUAUGUUCGAGGUGUAGCAGAUUUUACGGAUCUUUUUUGUGUGUCAUUGCUUCAUCAAAUGGGAAUUUAAGUAAUGGGAGAUUCGUCAAAUGGAAAUUUAAACCAAUUUAUGAUUUGGUGAGGAAUCUAUAUAUAUUAGUGUGUGUUGUUACGUUGAGCUCUAAAUAACGGGGAGCACACAAAAUUACAUUCAAUCCAAAUAGGGCUGGUGUUUGCAUCUGUAUUCUGUAGUUCUGUAUGUUGAAUUCAAAUAAACUGCUUCUUUUUGGGUGUUCAUUUUCGUCUUAAUAAUGGUGAUUGUUAUUCACUUGGAAUCAUCAUGUAAACCUAGCUGGACAUGGUCAAACUAUAAUUUUCCAUGUUUCAAAAUAUUAUAUGGUUUAGUACUUUGUUCUGAGAGUCUUUCUUCCCAGAAUGGAUUUUUUCCCAGUAUUCUCCUAAAUCUUUUUGGUGUCUUGAUGUGAUCUGGUCAUCAUGCAUGAACUGUAUUGAAUUCUUGUAAGGAAGCAUUUGAAUGUUACUUGUCCUGGUCUAAUUAUCUGCAAUCCACAGGUUAUGGAACUGCACUUGCAUUGGUAGCAGGAAUGACCUUGCUUGGGCGACCUUCUCUGUUAUGAUAUUGUUGUCUAAGUUAAAAAAACCUGAAUCUGCUCCAUGGUUUUGUUAUGUUGGAUGUGCCCCAAGAAGCUUCUUUCUUUUGAUUUUUGUUGUCAAUAUAUUCUGUGGAUGCUCCUCAUACUCAUUAUGAAACGUUCUUCAUAACUAUGGCGAAUCACAUGAAGUUCAAAUGUUAGCAUAGCUACUAAGUUGUAUGUUCGGCAAUGACACAAUGCAUAGGUCAAGUGUUAGUUUUCUGAAACUAUUGUACUGUGAACUGAUGCUAACUUCCUCACUGUAGUUUGGCCAACAUCGAGCUGCGGUACCUGGAGUUGAUGUGGAGGAAAAGACCUUAGCAAGACUAUUGACCGUCGCCUUGCAACUCAAUUUCUUCAGAAGUGUCUUGGCCUAAGAUAUGACAACUUGAGAAUUCAGAUUUUCUGUAGCGCAGAACCCAUUAGCUCCUAUCUUUGUGCUAGCUAAACUUGAACUUAAGUUGUAGUGUUGUAGUCAAAUUAUUUAUGUACUGAAUUUUUGUUCUUUUAUGUGCAUUGGCGUGUCAAUUUC